AUGGUGUUUCUCUUUCUCUUAGCAGCUUUGCUGCAAGAGCCAGUUUCAAGCAGCUUGUACGGCCCCAGGUUUUUGACAGGUGAGGUUGGAGGAUCAGUCACCCACCAGUGCUUCUACUCCAUCAGCCCAGCCAACAAAUACGACCGAAAGUACUGUUGCAGAAUAGCAAGAAGUGGAGUUUGUUUCACCAUCAUCUCCACAACUGGCUACAUCUCAAAAGACUACACGGGGCGAGUGUCUCUCAAGGACAUCCCCCAGAAUGGCACCUUCAUGGUGACAAUGACAGACCUGAGGAGCAGCGACACCGGGUCCUACCGAUGUGGCAUCGGCAUCACCAACAGAGACCUGUACGUCAGCCUGAACCUGACAGUGUUGGCAGACGCUGAGGUGCUGGGGCCGACUGACCUGGUCCAGGGGAUGCUCCGUGGCUCUGUCACAGUCCUGUGCCCACCCAGCGACACCCAAAGCAGCAAAAAGAGGUUCUGGUGCAAACUGGGGAGAAGCAGCUGUGUUCUAAUAGCUGACAGUGAUGGCUAUGUGGGAAGGAGCUACCAAGGACGGAUCUUUAUCACCCCUCAGGAGAGCUCUGGAGCUUUUAAAGUCUUGAUAAAUGACUUGAGAAAGGAAGACUCGGGGCUGUACAGGUGUGGGAUGGAAAAGCUGAGCCCACUCGUGGUGGCUCUGCAGGUGACCACAGCCUCUGCUCUUCCCAAGAGACCAAAGUUCCUCAGCGGCACAGUUGGAGGCUCGCUGUCCUGGAAGUGCCACUGUGAUCCCAAAGGGGCCUAUGAGAAGAAGUAUUUGUGCAGGUGGAAGGAAGGGAGCUGCUCACUGCUCCUGGAUGCGGAUGGGUUUGUGCAUGAGUCCUACAAAGGGCGAAUACAAAUAGCCAGCAGCGACCAGGAGAAUGGGACGUACGUGGUGGUGCUGAGCCACCUGAGAGAGGAGGAUGCAGGAUGGUACUGGUGCGGGGCUAACAAUGGGCACACAGAGCACACAUCCUCUGUGAAGCUGCACAUCCAGAAGGAACUGAUUAAAUGCUGCAUUUCUCUUGAGCUCAAGUAG